CUAUACACCUAUACCAUUUCUGACCAUAUUUGAUAAGAUUUGGUGAACAAGCUAGUUGAUGUUGGUGGCGACUGGCUGAGUAUGAAACUGGGAACACAAAUAAAAGACUGGAGGAUCCUCUGGGGUGGAUGUUAGAACCAGAUCCUCAUUUAACCCUUUGUAUCUGAGCCUCAACAAGACAAUAGGAGUUUAACAAAGAAAUGAGCCAAUAAACAUCCAGUACCAUGUCAUGUGAUGGUGCAGAGCUCCUCCCACUGCAGGUGUUAAUACCUGAUGUCUUUCUAGGUGAGACUCAGAUUGAUCCAGGAAACAGCUCAGCUCUGACAAACACAAAGCCCUUUUCUGUCCGACGUCCACAGAAUGGAUCAGUGUGAGGACACAGAGGAGGAAGCCCCUCCAUGGAAGACCACCGACAGACCCCCCACAGGACCAGGACCAGGACCUGGACGAGACUCUUCCGGAUCCAGUUGGAGGUCUGAUAAGGAACUCGGGUUGACAUUUAAAUGUGUUCAGUCCACAGAUGGGUGUCCGUCUGCGGGUCAGAGGAUCUGUCCUGAUCCUGGGUCUUUGUCCAUGAAGAGUCAUCGGUCUAUGUCUCCUCCUCUUCUUUUCAAAGAGUCUGAUCAACAACAACCUGGACCUGGACCUAGACCUGGUUUGGAUUCUGGUUCUGUACUGAGCUGUGUGUCCUGCAAAAGCCACCAGUCCAGGGAUCCACCAUUUACCUUUAAUAAAGAACCAGUGACCCAAACUUCUGAGAAGAGGAGAGACCAGAGACCUGGAUCAGAACCUGGACCUCACCCUGGACCCAGCUGUGUGUCCUUUAAAAGUGACUGGUCGAUGGAGAAACCGCUGAAUUUUUCUGCAAAGAUAGUGGAGCAGCAGAGCUCAGAGGUUCCCACUGGUCUACAGGAUCAGACUCAGCUGGACUCCAUAUUUAAGCUGCUGGAGGAGAACAUCUGCACUUUUGUCAAGAACGAACUGAAGAAGUUCCAGCAGGUUCUGAGUACAGAUUACCCAGAAUGCUUAGAGAGUCCGAGUGAUGAGGAUGAAGAGCAGAGGAGGAGCUCCGAGGCUUUUCUGAAGAUCACACUGAACUUCCUGAGGAGGCUGAAGCAGGAGGAGCUGGCUGAGCGUCUGCACCGCAGAAGUCGGUCUGGAGUUCAGCAUGAACUGAAACGUAACCUGCAGCAGAAGUUUGAGUGUGUGUUUGAGGGCAUCGCUAAAGCAGGAAACCCCAAAACCCUCCUGAACCAGAUCUACACAGAGCUCUACAUCACAGAGGGAGGGGCUACAGAGGUCAGCCAGGAACAUGAGGUCAGACAGAUGGAAACAGCAUCCAGGAACCCACACAGACCACCAACAACCAUCACAUGUGAAGACAUCUUUAAAAGACCACCUGACAGACAUGAACCAAUCAGAACAGUGCUGACAAAGGGCGUGGCCGGCAUCGGGAAAACAGUCUUAACACAGAAGUUCAGUCUGGACUGGGCUGAAGACAAAGCCAACCAGGACAUCCACUUCAUAUUUCCAUUCACCUUCAGAGAGCUGAAUGUGCUGAAACAGAAGAAGUUCAGUUUGGUGGAACUCAUUCAUUACUUCUUUGAUGAAAUAAAAGAAGCAGGAAUCUGGAUCUCUGAAGACCUCCAGGUGGUGUUCAUCUUAGAUGGUCUGGAUGAGUGUCGACCUCCUCUGGACUUCAACAACACUCAGAUCCUGACUGAUGUUACAAAGUCCACCUCAGUGGAUGUGCUGCUGAUGAACCUCAUCAGGGGGAACCUGCUUCGCUCUGCUCGCCUCUGGAUAACCACACGACCUGCAGCAGCCAAUCAGAUCCCUGCUCAGUGUGUUCAUAGGGUGACAGAGGUCAGAGGGUUCACUGACCCCCAGAAGGAGGAGUACUUCAGGAAGAGGUUCACAGAUGAAGAACAGAGCAACACAAUCAUCUCCCACAUCAAGACGACACGAAGCGUCCACAUCAUGUGUUACAUCCCAGUCUUCUGCUGGAUCACUGCUAAUGUUCUGGAGGACAUGUUGAAGACCACAGAGGGAGGAGAACUGCCCAAGACCCUGACUGAGAUGUACAUCCACUUCCUGGUGGUUCAGGCCAAACUCAAGAACAUCAAGUAUGAUGAUGGAGCUCAGACAAAUCCAUUCUGGAAUAAAAACACCAGGAAGAUGAUCGAGUCUCUGGGAAAACUGGCCUUUGAGCAGCUGAAGAAAGGAAACCUGAUCUUCUAUGAAAAAGACCUGACAGAGUGUGGCAUCGAUAUCAGCUCAGCCUCAGUGUACUCAGGAGUGUUCACACAGGUCUUUAAAGAGGAGAGAGGACUGUACCAGGACCAGAGGUUCUGCUUCAUCCAUCUGAGUGUCCAGGAGUUUGUGGCUGCUCUUCAUGUCCAUCAGACCUUCAUCAACACUGGAGUCAAUCUGCUGUCAGAAGACCAAAGCCCAUCCUGGUGGUCCGAAUCUACAGGAACAAAGUUCUACCAGACCGCUGUGGACCAGGCCUUACAGAGUCCAAAUGGACACCUGGACCUGUUCCUGCGCUUCCUCCUGGGUCUAUCACUGCCGACCAAUCAGAGUCUCCUACAAGAUCUGAUGGAACAGACAGGAAGUAGCUCAGAGACAAAGAAGAAGACAGUUGAGUACAUCAAGAAGAAGAUCAAUGAGAAUCUGUCUGUAGAGAAAAGCAUCAACCUGUUCCACUGUCUGAAUGAACUGGAGGAUCGAUCUCUGGUGGAUCAGAUCCAACUGUACCUGAAUUCAGGAAUACUCUCCGUAAUGGGUCUGUCUCCUGCUCAGUGGUCAGCUCUGGUCUUCAUGUUACUGUCAUCAGAUAAAGAUCUGGAUGAGUUUGACCUGAACAAAUACUCUCCUUCAGAAGAGGCUCUUUUAAGGCUGAUGCCAGUGGUCAAAGCCUCCAACAAAGCUCUACUGAGUGUCUCUAACAUGUCACACAGAAGCUGUGAAGGUCUGUCCUCAGUUCUCAGAUCCCAGUCCUCUAGUCUGAGACAUCUAUAUCUGAGUAACAACCACCUGGAGGAUUCAGGACUGAAGAUCCUGUCAGAUGGACUAAGGAGUCCAGACUGUAAACUGGAGACUCUCAGUUUUAGUGCCUGUUUCCAGUCAGAGAGAAGCUCUGAAGGUCUGUCCUCAGUCAUCAGAUCCCAGUUCUGUAGUCUGAUUCAUCUGGACCUCAGCAAUAAUGAUCUGAAGGAUUCAGGACUGAAGAUCCUGUCAGAUGGACUAAGGAGUCCAGACUGUAAACUGGAGACUCUCAGACUGUCAGGAUGUCUGAUCACAGAGGAAGGAUGUUCUUCUCUGGUCUCAGCCCUACAGUCCAAUCCGUCCCAUCUCAGACUGCUAGACCUGAGCUACAACCAUCCAGGAGCCUCAGGACAGGAGCUGUGUGCUCUAGUGGAGGAUCCACACUGGACACUGGACACUGUCAGGUUGGAGCCCAGUGGAGUCCGAUGGUUGAGACCAGGUCUGAGGAAGUAUUUCUGUGAACUCAGCCUGGAUCCAAACACAGUGAACAGAAACCUCAAACUGUCUGAAAACAACAAGAAGGUGGAGCAUGUGGAUGAGGUUCAGUCAUAUCCUGAUCAUCAGGACAGAUUUGAGUACUGUCCUCAGCUGCUGUGUUCAACUGGUCUGACUGGUCGCUGUUACUGGGAGGUCCAGUGGAGUGGAAAGGUUCAUAUAUCAGUGUCUUACAGAAGAAUCAGAAGGAAAGGAAGAGGUACAGAUCCUGUGUUUGGAUGGAACAAUCACUCCUGGUGUCUGGUGUCUUCUAAUGAUUGUUACUCUGUUUGCCAUAAUUACAAAUACACACCCUCCUCCUCUUCCUCCUCCUCUGGUACAGUCUCAGUGUAUGUGGACUGUCCUGCUGGAUCUGUGUCCUUCUACAGAGUCUCCUCUGACAAACUGAUCCACCUCCACACCUUCAACACCAUAUUCACUGAACCACUGUUUGUUGGGUUUGGAUUCUUCAGUUCAGGCUCCUCAGUGUCAUUGUGUGACAUGUAGAUGCAGAGUGUCCUGUUGUGUCGAGAAACAUCCUCAUUGCUCAUCACAUCAUCCAGUCAAUUGUGAAGCUGAUUCUUUGACGAGCACAGUCCUGUUUGCCCUGAAAUUUGUAAAAAAAAAAAAAAAAAAAAAAUUAAGUGAAUAUGCAAGUAUCUAUACUUAGGACCAAAAAUGCUAAAGUAUACUGGUGAGUAAAGAAUAGAAACUAUUCUUAUUGACACAACAUAAUAACACAUGCAUUGCAUACUUUAUGUUGAUGACAGUUUCAUUCACAGGCUUUUAGCCAAAUACCACACACUUCAAAUUGAUGUCAGCUGGUAUUUUUGCCUGUUAUACAUUGUUUGUCCAAUAGAUGACCAAGUAGAGCAAAUGAAGCCUCAAGAGGCUUUGCACUGGUGUGAACCAAUUUGAUGAAAGGCUUCAAUGCUUUGUGAUGCUUCAUCUGCUCAUCACUAAUACUGACUACGCAUAAGAUUUACCUUAUUAUUAUUACUUGUAAACGUGAUUUGUGCACUAUGUAAUUAAUAAAUUAUACAUGUUUGCUGGCAUCCUCCUAUGUUUGUUUUGUUUUUGAGGAAAUUAGAAAAUCUUAAAAAAUUAAAAGUAAAAUUUCAUUUUUAAGAGCACAUAGUAUUCCAUCUAUGUCCAUUUAAUCAGACUUCUGUUGUGGUGUUUUACCUCAUUUGUUGUGGACUGCAAUCUGGUUUAGCUGUGUUUGAGUUUGAACAAUAGUUUGCAUUUUGUGGAGUCUUCAUCUAAGGGAAUAUGUAC